AGAGCGUUUCAGCCGGAGCUCGUCACACAGGGAAACCCAGACCAGCCCCUCCAUCACCCCCCGUCUGAACACUUCUGCAUUUCUGCUUAGGGCUGAGGGGGUGAAGAGCAGAGCGUGGAGGAUCUGUCUGGCGGUGGAGAACCCAACGCUGUCCUGCUUUGUUUAGCAGCGAGACGCAGCUGUGGGGGUUUUAUUCAGGAGCUUCUCAGUGAAGAGGAGGAGGAUGCUGAAGAUGUGGAGCUGAACGAGGCCCUAUGGAGAAGAAUGAUGGAUUAAUCAACACCCCCUCAACCACCGCACCACAGAACUCCUUCGUUCCUGUGAACGUUCCUGUGGACCAGUCUGAGGAGAACCUGAUCUGAUGAUGUUGACCAAUCAGAAGGAGCCCUGAUCUUGCAUUCAGCUAGAAUUAUGAACUCAGCACGUGCAUUUUUGCGACCGCACCCUUGAGGCACGUGACCACGUUCAUGUUGAGCCUCAUAGCACCUGGAUGGCGAACGCGAGCGACCCCGGUGGACCUCAGGACUCGGUGCAGCUGGCGGCGCUGGGGGCGAUGUUGUGCGCCAGCGUGGCUGGUAACGCCCUCUUGUGCGCACUCGUACUAAAGGACGGCUCACUACAUCGUGCACCAUACUACCUGCUACUGGACCUGUGCGCGGCGGACGCGGCACGUGCUGCUCUUGGUUUUCCAGUGGCUGCAACGGUGACGGCGACAUCUACGGUCGCACACGGUGCGAGAAUGCGUCCGUGGGUUUGGCCUUGGGCGCAUGCAUGGUGCUGUGCGGCCGCCGCGCUCGCUGCACUCUUUUGCUUUCAUGUGGCCUUCGUGCUUUUGGGCGCCAGCCUCACGCGCUACCUGGCUAUUGCGCACCAUCGCUUCUACGCCAAGCGUGUGACACCGUGUGCGUGUGCCAUGCUUGUGGCGGCGGCGUGGGCGCUCUCUGCUGCAGCCGCCCUGCCACCAGCUUUGGAAGCGGGUUCAGGGGUGUUCCCAAGUGAUCCUGAACACUGCGCUUUAGGCCACACCCCUGCACGGCCCGGUGACGCACUGGGCCUGGUGCUUACCCUCGCGGCCGUGGUGGUCACCACCCACGCCGUCUACGCCAAGACCCUGUGCUUCGUCUACGGACACCGGAAGAUGAAGCCGGCACAGCCGGUUCCUGCCGUCAGCCACAACUGGACAUUCCACGGACCCGGCGCCACGGGUCAAGCUGCCGCCAACUGGAUUGCGGGAUUCGGACGCGGCCCCACGCCGCCCGCGCUGGUGGGCGUGAGGCAGGCGCCGCGAGACGCUGGACGCAGGUUGUUGGUCCUUGACGAGUUUAAGAUGGAAAAGCGCAUUGGAAAGAUGUUCUACAUGCUCACGCUCACCUUCCUGCUGCUCUGGGCGCCCUACGUAGUCGCGUGUUACGCCCGUGUCUUCGGCGACAUACCGCACGUCUACCUCACCGUCGCUGUGUGGCUCACGUUCGCCCAGACUGCUGCCAACCCUGUCAUCUGCUUUGCUUUUAACAAGGAGCUGCGGGUUCGGUUGCGGGCAUGCUUCCCAUGCUGCAUCACUUCACAGACGCCAAUGGAACCGUACUGUGUGAUCUGAUUGGGUGAUUGAAAGACUUUGAACUGUCACAGUUCACUAACUAUUACCAUUUACAUUUGCAGCAUUUACAGUGUAUGAUGUCGUGGCAUAGGCUAGUGUUACACAGGAAGGAAGAUGUAAAGUUAGGUGAUCGGAUUUACAGAACAAAGCAAAUAUCCCAAUGUUACAUUUUAAAUGUAACAUUGUAAGGGUCCUAUUUUAACCAAUUGUGGAUCAUGCAGCUGGAUUUAGGGUCUGUCGGUGUGUGUUUGAUAUCAUGAGGGCACAAAAAAGACACCAUUUGCAGCUCAAAAUACAAUGCAAAGUCAGGAACUAAAUCUCUUAAUUAAUCAUGGGUGUGGUUAAUUUUGGGCGUAACCUAAAAUAAACCAAUCAGUGUGCCAGUUGUCGUUCCCUUUAAGAACCAGGUGAGCUCUGACUUUGGCACGUUCAUAUCUUAACAG